AUGGGGGAGAGAUUCCAUUUCCUUACUCAAGGGCGAGAGUCCUGCUUCAUACACAGCAGCAGCUUAGGGCAAGGCAUGGAGAAGUCUAGCUCUGCCUACUGCUGGCACCUAGGCCAGGUAUGCUUGUGUGAGUAGAGGGGGCAGCCUUGUAUGUUCAGGGCCUUUGCUGCCAACCCUAGACCCUACUGGAGUCAAGCCCUGCAGGAGCCAUGGCAGCUUAGCCAUGUGUGCCGGGGGGGUUCUUGCCUGAGACCAUCCAUGUACCUGAAUGCUGGGCCCUGGGUGCACAUACAGCAGGUGCUUCCAACCUCAAGGGCAACCAAUCAGCAUCCCCAGCCAGCCAAAGCUGAGAAGUCAUCUUCAAGGCCCAGGGCUCCUGCAAUACAAAUGAAAGCAACACAGCUGAGAAGGGCCUCCAUGAAAUAGCUAGGCAAAGCCAAACCCACCACCCAACCCAAGUCAAUUUUACCCAGGCCAGGCACAGGUUCAAAGGAAGAGAAGACAGCCUGGGAACACUGA